AUGUUUGCUGUGCACCCCACCUGUACUGGCAGUAUGGCGUUGAGCAUUGCCUUGCGCUUUGGUAAUAAUGAGGCACGUUGCGAAGGCUUUGAAAGAGAGAUCACUGUUACCUGUAAUCCAUCCUCCAUCGUAACUUCAUCGUUUCCAGUGACCAGUGCAUUGGACAGUGCUAUUUGGCUUCAUCUGUCUCAGAGAAAACUACAUCUCCGACGUUGA